AUGUCUCAAUCAACAUCCACCAGCUUCUCCGCCGAGGCGGUGCCCCAAGCUCCAGAGGAUCCCCUCUUCGGACUGAUGGCAGCUUACAGAGCCGACUCCUUCGACAAGAAAGUAGAUCUGGGAAUUGGCGCCUACAGAGACAACGACGCCAAACCCUGGAUCCUACCUGUCGUCAAGAAGGCAGAGGAGAUCCUCCGCCGGGACCCCGCCUUGAACCACGAAUACCUCCCCAUUGCCGGCCUCAGCACCUUCACAUCCGCCGCUGCAAAGCUGAUUCUGGGCGCUGAUUCUCCAGCCAUUGCUGAGAAGCGCACAUGCUCCAUCCAAACCAUCUCUGGGACUGGAGCAGUGCAUUUGGGUGCUCUCUUCCUCGCCAAAUUCUACCCCGGCCAUCCCAAGGUCUACUUCAGCAACCCAACCUGGGCCAACCACAACCAGAUUUUCUCCAAUGUGUCUGUUCCCAUCGGUACCUACCCUUACUUCUCGAACUCCACAAAGGGUCUUGAUUUUGCUGGAAUGAAGAAUGCGAUCUCCGAAGCUCCUGAUCACAGCAUCAUCCUUCUUCAUGCCUGCGCACAUAAUCCGACUGGUGUCGACCCGACCCAAGAACAAUGGAAGGAACUAGCGGCUCUUCUGAAACAAAAAUCACACUUUCCCUUCUUCGACUGUGCAUACCAAGGUUUUGCAUCUGGUGAUCUUGCGAAGGACGCCUGGGCUGUGCGGUACUUUAUCGAGCAAGGAUUUGAGCUCUGCAUUGCUCAAUCUUUCGCUAAGAACUUCGGCCUCUAUGGUGAACGAGCUGGCUGCUUCCACUUUGUGACGGGCUCAGGUUCGGAUGCCCAGAAGACGAUUGGCAGAAUUGCCUCACAACUCGCUAUUCUCCAGCGAUCCGAGAUCUCGAAUCCGCCGGCGUAUGGUGCGAGAAUUGCAGGACUUAUACUGAAUGAUGAAACUCUGUUCAAAGAAUGGGAGGAGGAUUUAAGAACCAUGGCAGGGAGAAUUAUUGCCAUGCGAAAGGCGUUGAGGGCAAAGUUAGAAGAGAUGGGAACACCAGGCACCUGGAACCACAUCACCGAUCAAAUAGGCAUGUUCUCGUUCACAGGCCUGUCAGAGAAGCAGGUCCUGGAGCUGAGAAAUGUUGCUCACGUCUAUAUGACGAAGAAUGGACGUAUUAGCAUGGCUGGCUUGAAUACCCAUAAUGUUGACUACUUCGCCAAGGCUGUGGACAAGGUUGUUAGAGAGACGCAGGGUUGA